AUGCACAAGACUCGUUGGAAGGAUGGAUUUGAUUUCCAAACGGCGCCAGAAACGAGUUUAAGGCUUGCAUUUUUGGAGAAAUUCAACGCGCCACAGUUGGGACUAAACACAGCGCUUGCGGCUCGCAUUUUAUUGCUGAACUAUAUUACUGAUGACACCAAAGUCAAGAAUCUGUUCAUGACCGGAAUCCCCAUGCUGUGCUCGGUUGAACUCCGAGACCGGUACAACAACCAAUUCGUUGCAAUCAAUGAGAUCGUGGAGGCUGAUAGAGUCAAUGAUGAGGCUGCACACAAAAUGUACACUAACAAAGAAGCCAUAAUUCACUCAAACACCGAUUAUUUUUUCGCAGUCACAUCGCUCCCAAAAUACAUCAUGUGUAGUCUUGAGUUCUAUCUUAUCAACAAUUCACCUGGAACCCAGGUGCCUCGCGUUGCUCCGGAACGCAUCCCCACACUUAAACAUUUAAUGAAGUGUUCACGAGAUGUCACUUCCCUGACAGACCUUGCUCCCAUUGGGGAAGACACUGAUCGCACUACAGGGCCAAAUUCCGGUGAUCAUAAGGAAAUCAAAGUGGGCGAUACCAGUUGGUGCAUCAUUCCCCCAUGGGAAGAAUACGAUGCACUAAAAGAAGGCACUUUGGUCAUCAUCACGAUAUCGAUACACACGUUUAUUAUGCCGAUCAAAGACAACCAAGGCAACUUUACAGGUCAGGAAAGAAGGGUUUACCAGCUAAAUGCGCAUCACAUCCUCAUAGUCGAUGAGUCUGAUGCGGAAGCUGAACCUCACUAUAAGCCCUACCCAAAUGAAGAAGCUGUAGCCAUUACCACUGUGACACCUGUCGAAACUGCAGCAGAUCAAGCACUUGCCACGUUCAAGGUCAAAAAAGCUCGACUUGCAUCCCCCCAACGUGAACCAGACGCAGACAAAGAAAAACCAGGGUCCCCCCUAAAACCAUCGGUUAACUCGAGCAAAACGCCUGCUAAAUCAAAUGAAGGCCCGAAACAAACCAAGAAAGCUGCAGCUGGAAAAAACCCUGUUCAGUGUCUGUCCACCAAAGGCAAAGAGAAGGCUAAUUCAACCGCUUCUUCAAAUUCCACGUCCAAAACGGCCAAAACAGACUCUCUUGCCGACGAGGACCAAAUAAUGGCAGAAGUGGAUGACACUUAA